UGCGCAGUGCGUGGCACCCAGGCCGAGGGACAAGAUGGCGAUGAAAGCGGUCGGUCGAAUGGUGAAUGGAGCCAUGGGCGACGUGACGGCUCAGGGGUCGCCGCUGGCUGCCCGGGAGCACGCCCAGGCCGUCAGCAGGGACUACAUGUCACAGCCGAGGCUGACUUAUAAAACUGUUUCUGGUGUUAAUGGGCCGCUUGUAAUCCUGGAUCAAGUAAAGUUUCCCAGGUAUGCUGAGAUUGUGCAUCUCACACUUCCAGAUGGCACCAAGCGCAGCGGGCAGGUACUGGAAGUCAGUGGCUCGAAAGCAGUAGUUCAGGUGUUUGAAGGUACCUCUGGUAUUGAUGCAAAGAAAACAAGUUGUGAAUUUACUGGAGAUAUCCUGCGCACCCCAGUGUCUGAAGAUAUGCUUGGUCGUGUAUUUAAUGGAUCUGGAAAACCAAUAGACAGAGGUCCCACUGUCCUUGCUGAGGAUUACUUGGACAUUAUGGGUCAGCCCAUAAAUCCCCAGUGUCGCAUCUACCCUGAGGAGAUGAUUCAGACUGGAAUCUCUGCUAUUGAUGGCAUGAACAGCAUUGCUCGAGGACAGAAAAUUCCCAUCUUUUCGGCAGCUGGUUUACCACACAAUGAAAUUGCUGCUCAGAUCUGUCGUCAAGCUGGUCUUGUAAGGAAAUCCAAAGAUGUUCUAGAUUACAGUGAAGAGAACUUUGCCAUCGUGUUUGCUGCAAUGGGUGUAAACAUGGAGACAGCCAGGUUCUUCAAGUCAGACUUUGAGGAGAAUGGUUCAAUGGAUAAUGUGUGUCUGUUCCUGAAUUUGGCUAAUGACCCAACUAUUGAACGUAUUAUCACUCCACGACUUGCACUAACAACCGCUGAGUUUCUGGCAUACCAGUGUGAGAAGCAUGUGCUGGUUAUUCUGACAGACAUGAGCUCUUAUGCAGAGGCACUUCGAGAGGUUUCAGCGGCUCGAGAGGAAGUACCCGGUCGUCGUGGUUUCCCAGGUUACAUGUAUACUGAUCUGGCCACCAUUUAUGAGAGAGCUGGGCGUGUCGAGGGCAGGAAUGGUUCCAUCACGCAGAUCCCCAUCCUGACCAUGCCUAAUGAUGAUAUCACUCACCCCAUCCCUGACCUGACUGGCUACAUCACUGAAGGACAGAUCUAUGUAGAUCGUCAGUUGCACAACAGACAAAUCUAUCCACCAAUUAAUGUGCUUCCUUCACUGUCGAGGUUGAUGAAGUCUGCUAUCGGAGAGGGAAUGACACGGAAGGAUCAUGCGGAUGUUUCCAACCAGCUGUAUGCGUGCUAUGCCAUUGGUAAGGAUGUCCAGGCCAUGAAAGCUGUGGUUGGAGAGGAAGCUCUUACUCCUGAUGACCUACUGUUUCUGGAAUUCCUUCAGAAAUUUGAGAAGAACUUUAUUGCUCAGGGUGCCUAUGAAAACCGCACUGUGUAUGAGACCCUGGAUAUUGGCUGGCAGCUAUUGCGCAUCUUCCCUAAGGAAAUGCUAAAACGAAUCCCACAGAGUAUCCUGGCUGAGUUCUACCCAAGGGACUCUGGUGGAAAGCAUUAACUUCUCACUGUGUGUUAGUGUGCUUUUUAUUUUGUUAUGUAACUUAUUUAUUUUCAUUUGUGUAUAAACUCUUGGAAAGUUGUGUUUGAACAAGGUGAACAUUUGUGUCUAUGCUGGUGUUUUAUUUUGAGAUCAUUCAAGUGGAACACAAUCAGAGCCACCUGCUUUAGGUUCCUGCUGGUCCUGUGGGCUCCUAACCCAGGCAGGGUUGCACUUCCUGCACAAAUUGAGAUUCAUAAAGAUUUCAGAGAAGCUGUUUUGAGAGUGAUUGACAUUUUCCAUUGUUAUUUCAAAUCUGUGAAGGGUCCUAAACUAAUUUCCUCAAUGUCUCGCAAGCUGCUAAUAACCUAAAUGAUAAUUCGCAUUUAUUGCUUUCGUGUGUUGAGUCAUCCUGCAAAAUAGUGAGAAUCCAGUAAAUAAUCAAAACAAUUAAAACGUGUUGUUUAAAUCCCUAACAUUCUCAUGACAAUCUCGGUUUUCUUGUGCUUGAGCUGCUCUGUGCUCUAAUCUGCACCUCUUUUUAGGGAUGAUAAACUAUAUGAUAGAAUUUUGAAGGGGGCUAAAUGUUUACUUAGCAGGAGACUUUUCUGAUACUACUUAGUGGUGUUAAGUAUAAGCAGGGAAUGACCCUCCACCUUGCUUGUUUAGUUUAUUUGGAACAUAGGUGAGGCAACUCCCUGACUUAAGAGUACUGGAGGUCUUUUGUAUAUUGAUCAAUUAUUCUGAAUUUAGAACUGUCAUUUGCUAUUUUGACAAAAGUUGUAGAAUGCUUCAGAUAGUGCACUUCUCAUUCCAUUAUGAUGAGUUGCUGCAGUAAUAUGGUAAGAUAUUAUUUGCUGGUGAGUUUUGUUAGGCUAGCUAGACUGCAAUUAUUUGAAUAUUUACCCCAAGUCUUGUUCUUUGUGCUGGGGAUUUGAACUGACACUGUGAGUUUUCCCUUUAAAAUUUUGACUGUUUACAUAUGUUUGUCUUUUGUUUUAAGUACAGGUAUUUUUAAAAUGUGAUGUCAUUUAAAAUGUAAAGGGCAGAUGCUUUCCAUUCCAACUCACAAUUCAACUCUCUCUUUAUCAGGACCAGGCCUGAGUUAGGGUCUGUUGCAUUUGAAUUCUAUUUAGUUACAGGUGUUUCAAGCCAAUUGGACUGUAAUGUCAUCUGUCUCCAAUGUAGUUAUCUUAGUAUGUUGGUUGCUUGUGUGGAAGAUGCAGGCCUUUUACAUUGCCUGCAGGACACAUUGAAUACUGUUUUUUUCCUGUGCUCAUACUGCCUGAAAAUCGUUGUGUAUUAAUACUGCUGUUCUAUUGAAACCCUUAUGAAUGCAGGUGGUGGUGGUAGUUUUGGUCAUGUCUGACUGUCAUGCAGCUAUUUUGAUUUAUCUCCCUUGCAUUUGCUCAAUGAGAUGUACAAAUUGUUUUGUUGUUAGAUGCUAUAAGUAAAGUUUUAAAUUGUUAUAUUCCAUGCAUUCCACAAUUCUGUGUAUAAUUGAUCCUUUGGUUUAAAAUUGAAAUUGUCAGUAAUAUAUAAAUAAAUGUCAAUAGAACAAUGUGUUGAUUCUUAAUAUGCAUUUUAGAUGUUGAGGUUCUGAAAGCUAUAUAUUUAUGUCAAAGUGUCAGCUUUUGGGUUUUUUUGAGCUUCAAGGAAAAACAUUGCAAUUUACAAAGCACAAAACCUUCUGCAAAUGAUUUUCAUGUUGAGUACAACUAUUUUGAGAGACUACAUCAAGAUUUUUGUGUGCUAAUGCAAGGCAUAUUUGCAGGCUUUAGAGAUUGGGAGUAUUGUGUACUUAAGUUUUAAUCUUUUUUAUACACUAUACUGUAAACAGGAUUAUGCCUCUUUAUUAUUGCAAAGUAGAUCAACUUUUUGACUUAACUGUGUCCCGCAGAGGGAGAAAGUAGAAGCAGCCACGACAAGAAGAUCAUAAGAGGACUGCCUUUAGUCA